GAGAAUUGUAACUCAAGCUAAGUCUUCAAACUUUUCCACUUCUAUACCACUUUUGUUCAAUUUUCUCAAUCAUGAGAAAGGCUUUCUUUUUUCCUUUGUUGCUUCUUGUAACAUUAUUUUAUGCUUCUUCUGUUUUAGCAAGAAAUGAUCCCUCAGGAAAUGAAGUGAACACAGAAGGGAAGCUUGCAAAUGAAGGGGUGACAAAGCCCAUCCUAGAAGGACCAAAUGAAGAUGAAAAAUUCAAAGGAUAUUUUUAUCUAAAACACAAACUGAAAGGAUAUUUUCACAAGAAACCAAUUUAUUAUAAGCCUAUACCAAAAUACAUUCCAACCUACAAGCCAUUCCACAAACCAAUCAUAGGUGAAAAACCUAUCCCCUCUGCUGUUGAGCCAGAGGCUUUUCUUAAGCAUAAGCAUUAUUUUUUCAAAAAGCCAGUUUAUGUUCCAAUUUACAAGCCAGUUCCAAAGGUUAUUCCAAUUUACAAGCCUAUUCCAAAGGUGAUUCCAGUUUACAAACCAAUUCCAAAGGUGAUUCCAAUUGUUAAGCCAAUUCAUUAAUCAGUUUGUCAGAAAAAAUUUAAUCUAUCCCAAGUGUUCCAUAGAAUUACCAUGCUUGAAAAGUUGUGUGUUCCUUUCAAUAAAAGCCUACACCUAUCUAUAUUUCAACUGUGUUAGCAUAUUCUUAUCUUGUGUAAUUUUGUUAUUUGAUUUGAGGAAACAUGUCUUGUGUAUUUGUAAAUGUUUUCACCUCAAUAAAGUUUGUCAAUUGAUCCACAUUGCUAUUAUAUUAUCUUUAUCUUA